AUGGUUGGCAUAGAUAAUAAUAUUAACAGGUAUCUACCAAAUUGUCAAAAGGAUGGGUCAAUACAAGGAUAUAAGAACAUGAAUAUCAGAGUGAUAAUGCAACUGACAGCAGCCAUAUUUGGCUUGUCUGUAACUAUGGGCUUACCAACCCCACAGUCGAAUGCACCAACAUUAUCAACCCUUCUGCCUACAACGGUCAACCCUCAUCUGAUGCCGAACCCCUGCGGAGGAGAAAUAGAUAUGGAUUAUAUUCCAAAUGAAGAAGAACUAAGUGAAAGCAUACAUGAACUGUUACCAAACACCAUCAAGAUAAAAUCAAAGGUAGAAGGGUUGAAAACUAUUAUGGCUGCUAACCGAAUUCAAAACAAAAUUUUAAGAAGCAUAGUAGAAAAAAAAGCUUCAAGUGAAUACAACUCUGACGCAUUUCCUUAUCCAAACAACCUCUUUUCGGGCGAUAUGUUUUCUGAUUUGUACAAAAACAUGUCGAUGGUGGAAAUCUAUUACUCCAACUUGGCAGAAGUUGAAAAGAGUCACCAUGACGACAAUGAUGCAGAAAUUCUUGGUCAUCUGACAGAAGUUACUGACGCUGCACAGAAGAUACGUUGUCACUUGAGUAUAAUCUUAAGAUUUCAUGAACAAAUUGUACCUUCUGUCGAUUUCCAGGUCGAACCAAGUAAAAUUGAUAAUUCUUCUCGUGUUAGUCGCUACAUUAAACAUUAUCAAAUUUUUUAUAUGACGGAAGUCUUCGUAGAAAGUGUGAGAGAUUUAUUCUCCACUAUUUUUUAACUUUUUCAUCAAAAAUUCUUUUUUAAAUCACAACCACCGCGUGUUUGCGGUCAUGUAUUUGCGUAUAGCAAAUGUCGAAGUAACGACUGUGUCGUUAAAUAGCUUAUCGUUUAACAUUAUUUAUUUAUAUAUAAUUUACAUUACCAUUAUAGGGACCAAAACACACUUAAGGAACAUAACCACUAUAUAACUCUCUGAACAUGAUAUUAUAUAUUGUCAUGUGGGAGCCGCGGUGGCUCAGUGAGUUAGAAUCUUGCUCGUUAACCUGAGGGUCCAGGGUUCAAUCCCGGCAUAGAUCGAGAUAAUACCUUCGGAUUUUUCAACUCGGUUUCCCCUGAUGCAGGUACGACGGGCUGACAUGAAAAAAGCGUCUAGACGUUUGGAUGGGACAAUAAACCGAGGCCCCGUGUGCUACAUUUCAUUUAUAAUGACGUCAUGGAAAUCUAUUUAUUUGGACCUGACGCCAGGUUCAAAUUUUCAAAUUCAAUAGUGGUUAUGUCCCUUGAAUGAUAAAUAAUAGUCAUUUUCAUGUAUAUACAACAUUAAUUAAUUUAUUUGUAUAUCUGGUUGUUAUUUUAUAAAUGUAUUGUAUAUCUACAAAAAAAAAAAUUAAAAUGUUGUUAUUUAAAUGCCUGUUGUACAAUAACUUUUUUUUUUAUAUUCAAUGCUUGAUUAAGAAACAUGGUGUCAUAUGAACAUGUAUGUUUAAGUUGUACAACAAAUGAAAUUUUUUUUCGUGUGCACAAGAUUAUGUGUUGUGUUGAAUGCUUAUGCAGAAUAAUUUAGAAAUUUGAAAUAUGGUGUCAUUAUUUGUUUGAAUAUGUUGUACAACUAUUGAAAAUUUUCUGCCAAUGUUAGCUUAUGAUGAAUUUGAAGAAUAUAUGAAAUGAAUGUUGUUUUUGAACAAAUUCUGCAAAUUAUAUUUAGGUAUAUUAGUCCAUUCCGUUUCUAAGCUCACCAUGACUGCCCUACUUAACUUAACUGCCAGUAAAUUUCUUCAUAUUUUCAUUUUCAUUAUGAUACAUAGCAUAAUUUUUUUUCGUGGAAUUGUAAAUAUAACAUUUAUUAAUUUAUUAAAAUCAUUAUUUAUUACAAAAAAUCAAGUAACAUCUUCCAUAAAUAUUACUUCAUUAUUUAUUAAUUUAUUAUGUUGCUAUUUAUUGAUAAUUUAUAUGUAUUUAUUUCAUAAUUUAUAUAAAAUAAUGUAUUUUUGUAAA